CGAGGGUUGGCAAGAGGGUGUGACAACACGUUUCUAGAAUUGGAAUUCGUUCCGGGCACGAUCGAGAAGGAAGGAGAGAAGGAAUCGAGCGACGAAGUAUAUUUAUCGGGAUCGCGAGCAAUUAACUGUUUGCUUCUUAAUCGCUCCUAAUUACUCACAAUUACCCGGCGUAAUUAAGUAGGCUGAUGUCACCGGCGGUCGAUGUAUUUGUGAAUCGUUUGUCCGUCGACGUCGGUCCACCGUCGCCAUCCGGGCUGUUGCCUGUUGUUGUCGUCGCUGCUCGUCGUUGGAAAAUUACCGGUGGAUCGUGAAAUAAGGGAAGGAGGAAGGGGACAGAGGUGAGCACGGCGAAAGAUCGAGCGGUAAAGGGCCGAAUCGUUGGUGUUUUGGAUCGGAGGAAAAGAAAAAGGGAAGGAAGGGAGGAAGAUCGAUCGGGUUCAGACUGGGGGAAGGACGAAGAGAGAUACUCGGAGAGGCGUUCGUUCGAGCAGGUGGCAUCGAGGUGAAUAAAUAUAGCAAGAAGUCGAGAGUACCCGCGUCAGGACGACGUCCCACGUACAACAAUCACAGGUCGCUUCAGAUUACGAGUCCCCGGGAUGCAAGGCUGACAUGGCAGAGGGUUCGGCCGAGGAGGAACAGAGCAGUACCGCUGCGCCCGCUUCCCCGCCAGCUGAUCUUCGCACUCUGAACACCCAAUUGUCGCCGCCUUAUCACCACCAGUCCCAUCUCCAACCUCGUCUUCAGCAUCUGCAGCAUCCCAACAUGUUGGCGACCGCCGUGCCGCCCAGGCACAGCCACAGUAUGCUGUCUCAUCAGGUGAAAACGGAAGCCGAGUUGGACGCGCCCUGUGAUGUGCCAUUGAAUCUCAAGAGCGAGGAUAGCGAUAGAAGUAGCGUUGGCAGUCCUGAACCGGUGGCGGCCACUGGCUCGCUCCAUGAGCAUCAGAUGAUGAUGGAUGAAAUGAAAAACUCGCGGAAGAAUAGCCCGUCACCUGAAAAUCUGCAUCAGGCGAAACGGGCAGCGGUGGCGCAAGCACAUCUCAAUGGGACGAUGGCGGGGAUGGUGACCCUACAGAAUCUUCAGAAUUUGGCGAGUCUACAAAAUCUACCGCAAGUCGCAUCGUUGGCCGCAGGUCUCCAGGGAAUGACAGCGGGAUUGACUAACAAUCAGCUCAUCAACACACCCCUGAAUCUCACUGUCAGCUCCUCGGCGAAUGAAUUUUCAUGUUCAGGUGGCACGGUACCAACAGCCUCGAACACGACAGCUGCCCCUCACCUCCUGCCACCGAGCUCGACGCCAAUGGCGACAUUACCUCAGCUAUUAUCUCAGCCGCAACCGGUCGCGAUGCCUCAAUUCAUCCUAACGUCCGGUCAAUUGGUUCAAGGCAUUCAAGGGGCUCAGCUCCUUAUCCCUACGUCGCAAGGAAUAGCCACGCAAACUAUCCUCACCAUCCCUGUCAGCCACGUCACGAAUAAUCAAAUGGUGAACUUGGCGCUCAGCAACGGACAAGUGGUGUCUACGACCUUGGCGAACCUUCAGUCGAUCGCUCAACCGCAGAACAUGCUGAACACGCCGACUAGCAAUGGUGAAUUUACAGUCCCAACAAGUCCGAGUUUAGCGUCCGGAUUAGGGUUAAAUCCGGCCGCCUUACCGCACCUUCUGAGCAACAGCUCGGCCAGCCAGCAACUUCUGAGCGCGAUGCAGCCUCAGCAACUGCUCCAGGCCGCGCAGGCGGCUCAGGCUCAAGCGGCACAGGCUGUCCAAGCUGCACAGGCCUCUCAACAACCGCUUCUGACCACCUCGCCCCAGCAGCACGGUCAUCGACACACCUCUCAUAUGAAUCAUUACACGCCGACGGAGAAACAUCACAGAGAGAGGCCCGAGCAAUCGUCGCCUUUGAACGAGUCCGUGGUAUCCGCAGCCUCGGCCCUGAACAGACUGGCGGCCAGCAACGGGGAAAUAACGAUCACGACCACGCAUGGACCCAGUGGAGCCGGGGUGAAGGCGAGUGUCACGCCGAGCAGCAUGCACAAUCCUAAGAAGGAGGAGGAGGAUCUCAAUGAUUCACCUAAUCAACCGACGAUCAACGAGGCCACGAACAAUGUAGUCGACGGGAUAAAUCUGGACGAGAUCAAAGAGUUCGCUAAGGUGUUCAAGUUUCGCAGAUUGUCGCUGGGUCUGACGCAGACCCAAGUGGGACAGGCCCUGAGCGUGACAGAGGGGCCAGCUUACAGCCAAAGUGCCAUAUGCAGUGCCCUGGCUACCCAGAUGUACGCUGCCUCGCAGAUUGCCUCUCAGCAGCAAGCUACAUUCGAAAAAUUGGACAUCACGCCAAAAAGUGCACAAAAGAUUAAACCGGUCCUCGAAAGGUGGAUGAAAGAGGCUGAAGAAAGUGUGUUUGGUUACAGGCACAAGAGCGGGCUACAUCAGCUGACGGAUUUUAUCGGGGUGGAAACGAACAAGAAACGAAAGCGACGAACUUCGUUCACCCCCCAGGCUUUGGAAUUGUUAAACGCUCACUUCGACAGAAAUACUCAUCCCAAUGGUAACGAAAUCACGAACUUGGCGCAACGCCUCGGAUACGAUCGAGAAGUGAUCAGGAUUUGGUUCUGUAACAAGAGGCAAUCCUUGAAAAACGCGGUGAGACUGAUGUCGAAGGACGUUGUGUAAAAGUGCUAGGACAAGAUUGGUCGCGAAUGGAACCAGUGAGCAAAUAUAAUUAAAAAAAAAAAGAAUGAAAAUAAGAAGCUUUAAGGACUCGAAUUUUACGUUGCACGAGUUGAAUUCGGCGAGAUUCGAAUAGCGUUUCAUUCAUCGAUCAUCUUCGACGAAACCAGGGACGGAUCGAUGAAUAAUCGCGUGAACAGGAAUUUCAAACAACGGGGGACAAAGAGAGAAAGAAGUAACAGCGAAUCUCGGCGUCGCGUUAAUAAAAUAAUUCAGAGAAAUUAGCGCGUUCCGGAGGAAUCGCUUUAAAAAGUCAUGCACCGAUACCCGUCGAGCCAUGAAUUUUUAAAGGCGUGCUCUCGACGAUCGAUGUAAAGAUCAUCAUUGUGAUUGCAGGCGUAUACGAGACCUAUUCUGUAAAUAGUUUUAACCUACGGUUAAUGUGAUGUACAGGAGUCGAGCGUUUAACGUUGAUAAUUGCCUUAAUCGCCAUCGUCUUAUCCGAUAUUUCGUUAAACGAAGAAAAAAAAAAAGAAAAAAAAAUAAGAAAUCGAUUAAGAAUUAAAAAGAAUUUUAUCGACCGUGAACCGAGUCAGUGCGAGUUUCCUAUUGGCAGCCGGUAAGAAAGCGACUGACGAUAAUAUAAAUUCCUAUGGGUGAUACACGAAAUAUUAUUGAUUAACGAUAAAAUAGGAAACCUUUUAAAUUUUAAAAAGAUAUAAAUUGUUCGGGAAAGAAUUCGCGAAUUGAAAAAAGAAAAUAAAAAAAAAAAAAAAUUAACUCGUGUAUCAUUCGUAUCAAGGGACGGAACACGAUAAGACGUAAAUCAAACAACAAUUAUCAAGUCGCGUCUCGGCUCGUGAAAUUAGGAUAAGUAAUUCCGUUAAGUAAUCGCACAGAUAACGCUAGUUCGUGAAACGAUCGAGAAGCUUCCAGCUACUGAGAAUCGUCUGUCAUUAUGAAAUCAACAGACGAAGCACAAAAAUCGUGGAUCGUACGGAAAAUAUGAUCGAGCUUUGAUAAACUCGUUCGAAGAGUUUGAAUGAUAUUUUUCGUACGAGAUCCCAUCGAGAGCCAUGAGAUCGAGGAACGGACCGGUGUGGUUCGAUCCUUUCGCACACAGGAAAGAACAUAGUUGAAGCAACGAGAACAGCAAACAGUAACAAUACCGAUAACGAACAAUAACAAACAGCAACAACAGUACCGUCACGUUCACAUGCCAUACACAGCGGGAUACAAUUCAGUUGUUCACACAGGAAAUAGAAACGGAAAAGUUUUGACAGUGACCGCCGCUAUCGUUUAUGACGAUCCAUCAUCCAACUCUUUUUAUUUUCAUUCUUACCGGUGAAACAACCACUCGUUUACAGGCUUCGUUAGGGAAAAAGAAAAAAAGAAAAAAAGAAAAGAAAGAUGUUUCAACCAUAUUGUUCUCUGGGUGUGCUCGUCUGUAUAAAUUAUACGCGUGUAUUUUAGAUAAAAAAGAAGAAAAAAAAAUUGAUCGAAAGGGAAAAGCAAAAAGUCACGAGGGAAAUGAGGGAAUAAAAGGAAGAAAAAAAAAAUAUAUAUAUAUAUAUAAACGAAAAGAAAAAUGAAAAAGAAGAAACUUUGUAGCGAGUAAAUUAAUGCAAUAACGUCUUUUUGAAAGUAUAUUAUCGAUCGAUCAUAAGGAUCCUCCUAAAAUACCCUUUUAAAAUUCUAUUCGAACCGGAAACGAGAGAAGGGAAAGGGUUUGAAAGUGGUUUGAGAUUUUUCCCCCCGCAGAGAUAAACAUGGAAGAAAAAAAGUUACUAGUCCGUAAUAAUCUGCCAUAUAACGAGGUAUACGUAUUAAACAUUUACGCAUCUUUCGUUCCUAAAUGUUCGAUCUGCUUGACCGCUGGUGAUUGUAUCGAUAUAUUUAUAUUUGGUACGCGUCCCGUCUAUUCAGCCCAGGGAAAUAUGCAAUCGAAUUACCCGAAUUACCUCAAAAUAAGGAAAAUACAAGAAGAAAAGGAUCGAAUAAAUUCAAUUCUUCCUUUGACUGGAAAGAAAAAAAAAAAAAGAAAAAAGAAAAAAAAAAAGAAAACUGAAUCUUCGCUUCUAGUUAAAGUAAAAAUUGAACGAAUCGCGAUAGUUUCGAAAGAAAGAUUCAGAAUCAUCUUUUUUUAAUUGUCACGAAAAAUCGAUAGACCGUUGCUGGAAGAAUGAAUCAUCAAACGAUCGAUAUCCGCGUUCAUUGGAUUCUUCAAGAGCCGUGUUGACUCGUAUAAAAGAUAAUCUUGCGGUAAAAUUUGUGCGAAGCCGACCGAAAUAGUUAUCACCGACAUAAAUUCCAUGAAAUAAACGCUAGCUGGGUAUAUACACUGUAUAUACAUAUAUAUAUACAUAUGAAUGUACGUAUUAUAUACGUGUGUACAACACAGCCAACGAGCAGGCAACGUGCACUCUAUAACGAUACUAAUUCGAUUGCAAAUUCACCACUCGAGGACACUGAUAAAUGCGUGCUAGUGAAUCACGCGUUCCAUAACCGUCAUUGGCGGGGAUUAAUUUCACUUCCGGUUACGCGAUUCAGGCCGCCAUUUGAAACGCGUCGUUAUUCACAAGAUGGCGGUGUUCUCCGCGGCCGAGACGGGACGCGGUACGACCAGGGACAGGUUUUUCCAAUUUCCACGGACGAAUCUUCGUAUUUAUUAUUAACGCAUCCAGAGGAAUGGUUCGUUAGUUAAAAUGAAAAAAGUAAAAAAAAAAAAAAAAACCGAAAAAAAAGAAGAAGAAGAAGAAGGAAGAGGAGGAGGGAGAAGGAAGGGAAGAGGAAGUAAAUAAAAUAAAAAAUAAAUUAUAAUACCAUUACGAGAAGCUUAAAAUAUCGACCAUCCACACAAGGAUAAAAGUAUCACAUGUAUUCCCCGGUUAAUCGAUAUAGUGAAUAAUAGCGUUUACUUUUUGAAUGUGUUCCGCUUCAAGUGAGUCACGGCUCUCUUUCUUUACGUCUAAUCUUACUGGAGGGCAGGAUAGUCGUUUUUAAAUGGAGAAAAAAAAAUAAUAAUAAUAUGCGGAAAAAAAGUAAUAAUAAUUAUAAAUAAUAACUGCAGAAAUAGAGCGUGCGCGCGACCGAUCGACAUUGUUCUCUCUCGACGAUUUUUCCUUCCUUGCCGUAAUAAACGAUACUGUAGGCGAAACUAAACCCAUCCCAAAAAAAAAAAAAAAAAAAAAGUAAAUAAUGGUACGACACGAUUUCUUAAAUAUCUCUCAGCUCGAGUAUAAUUAAAGAUGAGAAAUAUACACGUAUACACACAGACACAUCGUAUGAUCGCCAAUAAAGGGAACGAAACGGAAUAAUGGGAUAUAUACAACACGUAUACACGCACAUAAUAAACAUUCGUAUAAGUCAUUCAUGCAUACAGAUACAUAUACACAUACACACAUACACAUACUUUGAUACCCCGCCGUUGUAAUGGGCUAACUCACAUACGAUUAAUUAUUAAACCACGAGAUCCUUGCAAGGAGCGUAGCUAGAAGCGCGAAAGGGUAGCGAGUGUACAUAAUUAAGGCGACACCUAGGGACUGCAAUAUCGUAAGAAUACUAAAAAAAAAAAAAAAAAAAGAAAAAAAAGAAGAAAAAAAUGAUACGUUUAACAAACUAACUAAUCGUGAUAGCUAUGAAAUAGUUACACGAGGACAAUGACGUGACGACGACAGACGUAAUUAUGUAUUGGACGGACGAAACACUAUUCGCACGGUGAAAAAGGUGAAAAAAUAAAAAAUAAAAGCGUUAAGGGGUUGAAAGGGGUUUGGAGGGGUUGAAAAAAUGAAAAAAAAAAUAAAUUUGUAAGGGGUAAACGCGUACGUUUAAGGUAUUUUACUCUCUAGGAUACGAUUAAAGAUACGAGCAAAGUGAUCUGUUCCUAAACGAAGCAUACAAAAAGAUGGAGGCAAUAGAGAAAAGAUGGAGAAUGGAGAAUAGUGAAAAAAAAGAGGGAGAGAGAUGGAGAAAUGUAUUAUAGAAACGAAUGGAAUAGUGUACGGUUAAGGGGUGAAUUGGGGACGAUGGAGGGACGAUUCAAAAUUCAAAAUUUUUGAUUAAUGGGGGACGUGUAUGUUGUUUUAUUUUUCUUUUUUUUUUUUUUUCUUUUUGAUAGGAAAAUAAUGACGGAGUGCGGUGGGACAAAGAGAAAAAGAGAAAAGAAUGAAAACGUUUGUACAGAGAUAUUCCGGUUAUUAAAUUUUGUUAUACGAGGAAAAAAAAAAUGGGAAGAAUGGAUGGCGCGGUGGAUGUUGACGAGAGAAUAAAUUAAAAAGAAAAAAAAAAAAAUAAAAUUACAAACGAGAGAGUGAGGGAGAGUGUGAACGAGAGAAAUACUACUGACGAGAGAGAGAAAACAAAUUUACGAAUCAUGUGUAUUUUCUUCGUAGAAAAAAAAAAAAAUUGAUAUUCAAUAGGUCAUUACGGAAAUAUAAACAUGAGUAUUAAAGAAAAAAAAAAAAACGUGAACUGUAUUCGUGAGUGUCAUAUUUCUAAGGAAGAUAGAUCCACGGGCGAAUGUUUUAUAGCAGUUUCCGGCCGAAUUUUCACAUUUCAGGUUGAAUUCAAAAAUAGAAAAAAAAAAAAAAGAAAAUGAAAAAAAAACACCCACGCGAUAUAUUAGCUGCACUAGAAUAAAAUAACCGAAUUGUGUUUUCAGGAAAAUAAGUUUAAACAAAGGGAUAUAAAUCAAGGGUAAGAAAUAAAAAAUAAAAAAGAG